AUGAAGAUUCAAACUGAGGGUCCUACUCGGCGUUGUUGCGUGGCGGCCGCGUAUUCCGCCGCAAAUGGCGCGGAUGGCGCGGAUGGGGGACGGGUCGGAGGCGGUGUUGUGACGGAAACGAACAAUUUGACGGUUUCCGUCUACGACGCGGACGAGAAUGGAGGAGACGAACCGUUUAUGAGCCUUCCGAUAAGUUAUUACGAGUCGACUUUCCAACCCCCUCUUCCCCGUUCCCUUCCUCAUCCCUCCCUUCCAGGUGCUGAGAGUGCACCCCCGAGACCCCAACAGCCACCAUCGGCCUCAUGCUCCACUCCAUGCUCGCCUCGCCUCUCAUCACUUCCCGAGCUACCCCACCCAACCCCCAUCCACCCCCCUCUCCCUUCUCCACCCCAGGUGCUACGAGUCCACCCCGAGACCCCAACAGCCACCAUCGACCUCAUGCUCGACUCCAUGCUCGCCUCGCCGCCUCAAGAAGGCUUCACCGUCUCCGCCCUCACGGUCAGGGCGGAAGUUUUGGAGGCUGCCCGGGACACGCUGCUCGACGUGGAGCUCCGGGCAGAGUAUGACGAGGACCUGAAGGCAGCGGCUGCAGAGCAGCAGCAGGGGUUGGGGGGUGUGGGAAGGGGUGGAGGGGAGUAUGGGGGCGAGACUGCAAUAAUGGUUGAUGUGCCAAUGAGCCGGGUCCCUGGCGUGUUGUGCCUGCUGCAAGAGGCGGGUCGCUCUGCUGACGUGGCAGAGGCGGGCCUUGACCUCCUCUCCCGCCCGGAUGGCGAUCCGGCUUUUCGUGCUGACGUGGCACUCGCCACAGCGUUGGCGUACUCGGACCUAUCACGUGACGCCAUGUCAGCAAACCCACCCGCAGUGGCACAGGGCUGCGAGCUGCUGGAAGCUGCACUGAAGCUUCUGCAGGACGAGGGCGGGCCAAGCCUGGCGCCGUCCCUGCAGGCAGCGAUAGAGGACUCGCUGAGGGAGAUGGGUCCCACACGCGUGCUCGAGCUGCUGGCGCUGCCCCUGGACAAGGAGCACGAGGAGGCCCGGAGCGAGGGCAUACAGGCCAUGCGGGACCUGCUCUGGUCACAGAAUUCAGACGGGGCUCUUUCCUUCUCGUCUCAAGGCGGUUUCUCCCGCCAUGUGUUCAUGCGGGAGGCCUUUCUCCGCCUCACCACCUCGGAGCUCGUCGCCCACUUUGCUGCCGCCCCGCCGCACGUCGACGCUGGCAUCCUCGAGGCCUACUGGGUCGCACUCGCCUUUGCCGGCCGCGGCUUCUUCCUGCGCCGCCCGGCCGAUAUCGUCCAGUCUGACGCGCUGCUGAAAGAGUUGAAUGAGUCCACCGCGUACCGGCUUUUGGUUAACGGAGGGGGCGACACAGCAGCAGCAGGGGCAGGGGCAGCAGCAGUAGAAAAUCCUUUCAUACUCUCCACCUCCUCCUCUUCCCCCUCCUCGAGCUCCCCACCCUUGUCCACCGAUUCGUUACAAGACGACUCGUUACAAGACCCGUCCUCGUCGCUCCCCCCAGCAGAGCUCGCGCGAUCGCGCACCAGACGAGAGCUCUUCGGCCCGUCCCCCCUCCUAGACCCGCAAGGCUCGCCUAUCCCCCUCCGCACCGCCCAACCAGAAUCCCUCCCCACCUUGGGACUACCCGAAACCGAAUCUGUGACCAGCAUCGGCAGGGGCAGAUUUGGUGGGAAGGUGGGGAUGGUGGUGGCAGGGGUGGUGGCAGUGGCGGCGGUGGCUGGGGGAGGGUUCAUGGCUUGGCACAUGCGGUCGGGGCGGUUUGGGCCGUCACUGCUGGGAGUGGAAGCGGCGAUGGUGGGGCAGCAGGGCAAGGAGCAGGCGGCCUCUGAAACAGCAGCGGGAGCAGAGGAGUAUUCCGAGGUGGAGGAGGUGCAGUGGGCGGUGCGCGUGGUGCGGCACUGGCAGGAGGUGAAGGCAGCAGCGCUGGGCCCGCAACACCGGGUGGACCGGCUGGGGGAGAUCCUGGAGGGGCCGAUGCUGGAGCUGUGGCGCAACAGGGCCAAGGAGGUGGAGAACAACGGGUGGUUCUGGGAGUACAGCUUCCUCAGUCUCAAUGUGGAGAUGGCAGCAGUGAGCAAGUGCCAAAAGAAAGCAGUAGUAGAGGCAGUGGUGCAGGAGGCGGCACGGCUGGUGGAUGCAGCGGACCCAACCCACAAUGAUGCGUAUCGGAGCACGUACACGGCGCGCUACGAGCUGCUGCAGACCGGCACCUGCUGGAAGAUUGUUGGCGGCACCCACCUUCUGUCGCUCUCCCGCCUCUCUCCCGCGCCUUGCGGCGGAUCACACGUCAGCGCGUCCCUCACAGCCACGUGUCGAGCCGGCAUUGGCAGAUCGUUUCUCUGGCGCGAAACGCCUCUUUUCACAGACGAACGGUCAAGAUUGCUCCAUCGGCGGCAUCGCAGUUCCGUCGUCCGAGUCGCGGCAGCAGCAGGAGCUGAUGACGUGUCGGCCAGCUUAGCUAGCGGUGGCGAGUCGCAACGGCCGCAUUCCGCCAUUCGCGAAAUUCAGCGCCAGCUGGCGAAUGGCGAGCGGACAGCUGUCGGCGUGGCGGAGGAGUACUUGGAGCGGCUGGAGGCGCAGGAGGGGCAGCUGAGAAGCUUCCUCCACACUGACAGGGAGGCGGUGCUGCAGCAGGCACAGGAAGUUGAUGCUGUCAUGGCGUCUCAGUCAGGCAGCGGCGAGAAAACUUUGGGGCUGCUGACCGGAGUGCCCAUGGGGGUGAAAGACAACCUGUGCACACGUGGCAUGCCCUCCACCGCUGCCUCUAAGAUCCUCAAGGGCUACAUGCCGCCAUACGAUGCGACAGCAGUGGGGAGGGUGAAGGCGGAGGGGGCGGUGGUGGUGGGGAAGACCAACAUGGACGAGUUUGGCAUGGGCAGCACCACAGAAGGGUCUGGUUACCAGGUCACAGCCAACCCCUGGGAUCUCUCGCGAGUGCCAGGCGGCAGCUCCGGAGGCUCUGCUGCUGCUGUGGCGGCCGGGCAGUGUGCCGUGGCUCUGGGCUCCGACACAGGGGGAAGCGUGCGUCUCCCUGCCUCCUUUUGCGGGAUAGUCGGCUUAAAGCCCUCGUACGGCCGUGUGUCACGCCUGGGUCUCAUGGCCUAUGCGUCCAGCCUGGACUGUGUGGGCGUGCUUGGUCGAUCGGUGGAAGACACUGCGAUUGUGCUGCAGGCCAUGGCGGGGAGAGACGACGGAGACAGCACCUGCAGCAAGGAGCCAGUACCAGACUACACGGCCGCCCUCCUCCCCGUCGCCUCACUCGCCUCCAAGCCGCUGACAGGUGUCCGCCUCGCAUUGGUCCAGGAGACCAUGGGCGCGGGAGUCGAUGCUGACGUGGCACAGGCCGUCCGGGCGGCAGCGGCGCACUACGAGACGCUCGGAGCCACCGUGGAGGAGGUAUCCAUGCCAUUCUUUGCCAGUGGUCUGCCGGCAUACUACAUCCUCGCACCUUCUGAAGCCUCCUCCAAUCUCUCCCGCUACGACGGCAUCAGGUUUGGACCACAGCUGGAGGGCUCCGACCUCGCAUCUCUCUACAGCAACACGCGAGGCCAGGGCUUUGGCAAGGAGGUGAAGCGGCGCAUUCUCAUGGGCACAUACGCACUCUCUGCGGGCUACUAUGAUGCCUACUACAAGAAGGCACAGCAGGUGCACACGAUGAUCCGGCGGGAGUUCCUGGCAGCUCUGGAGGGGCACGACGCACUCAUCACCCCCACCGCGCCCACCACGGCCUACCGCAUUGGUGAGAAGACAUCGGAUCCCCUCGCCAUGUAUGUUGGUGACCUCAUGACGGUGAAUGUCAACCUGGCGGGCCUACCAGCCAUCUCUCUACCCUGCGGAUUAGCCCCUGGUGGCCCCCAUGGCCUGCCCAUAGGCCUUCAGAUCAUCGGCGCUCCUUUUGCUGAGGCGGCCAUUCUCAAGUAUGCGCACGUGUUUGAGCAGACCACUCCUGCAUGGCAAUCAGGACUCGCUAUUGCAUCUCCUGCUACUGCCACUGCUUCUAUAUAG